AUGAAGAAAACUAUUAUUGUUUCAUCACCAGGGAAAUUGAUUAUCGGUGGUGAACAUGCCGUCGUUUAUGGUCGUCGAGCUUUAGUUACAAGUAUUGAUCUGCGUUUAUACAUGCAGUUAACUGAAGAAGAAAAUGAAUCUAAUGAACAAUUAAUGAAUAUACAAUUUCAUGAUACAAAUCAAAAUUAUUCAAUUAAUUUAUUAGAUUCCAAUGAAUCAUAUCCACUUGAAAUUCAAGCUAUAUUCUUUAUCUAUAACCAUUUUAAAUCAUUUUUAUCAGAGAAAAAACAAUUAAAUAUACAAGUUCAUAGUAAUAUUCCAAUUGGUGCUGGACUUGGUUCAAGUGCCGCAUAUAGUGUUUGUCUUGUUGGUUGUUUUUAUUUACUUUGUCAUAAAACAUUAAAUCAAGAUGAUAUUAAUCAAUUAGCAUAUCAAGUUGAAUGUCUUUUUCAUGGUACACCAUCUGGUAUUGAUAAUACUAUAAGUACCUAUGGUCAAUCACUUGUCUAUAGUCGAACAUUAAAAAAACAUCUCAAUUUUCAAUUAUCAAAUUUAGCUAUUCUUGAUACAGGUAUACCAAAAUCAACAAAACGUAUGGUUAGUUUAGUACGUACAUUUAUUGAAAAUAAUCCACAUGAAGGUGAACAAAUUUUAAAUGAUAUUGAACUUUGUGUUGAUAAUAUGAUUGAACAUCCUGAUGAAAUUAAUCAACUUUUUCAACGUAAUCAACAAUUACUUAAAUGUAUAGGUGUAUCAAUACCAGAAAUUGAUAAUAUUAUUGAAACCUUAUUAAAAAAAAAUAUAUCAACAAAAAUUACUGGUGCUGGUGGUGGUGGUUGUCUUAUUGCAUUAACUCAUUCGUUUACAAAAGAAGAAAUUUUAGAUUCAUUAAAAGAUCAUUCUAUUAAAUCAGUACAAUUUGUUCAAUGUGGAGUUGAAGGUUUAAAAGAAGAACAAACAUUUUUUUCAUAA